CUCCCAGCAGGCAUUGCCAAUCUGGACACCAGCCUGACCGACGUGGACUGAGAUACACUCACGCUGGGAAGAAGAAGUAAAAUGAAAAUUCUGCUGCAACACUGAAGUGGGGUCUGCACAGAGGAUAACAGGGGAGAGGAAGGAAUAUCUAGGAACUUCUCAAGCGUCGACUUCGCCCCCUCCGCCGCUUCAGAACCAAGAAGUCAAUGCAGAGAAGAAUGUUCCCACGUUGGAAUAAGUUGAGUUUAAAAAGCGCUGCAGCGGCGCACUUUUUGUCCUUUUCCUCUCCUCGGAAAGCUCUGACUCCGAGCAGAAAGUGCUCCGGGAAGCGGUUCAAUGUCCCGCCGAGCGCCGAGUUCGUGGCGCGGGUGUCGGGGAUCCCCACCAUGGCCAAGCUGCCGUUCCGGGAGUCCGCAGACGGGCUGGACGCGGCGUUCGUGGGCGUCCCCAUCGACACCGGGACCUCCAACCGGCCCGGGGCCAGGUUCGGUCCACGGCAGAUUAGAGUCGAGUCUGCCUUGCUGCGGUCUUACAAUAGCGGGACCAGAGCGGCCCCUUAUGAAUCCCUUGUUGUCGCUGACAUAGGGGAUAUAAACGUGAACGUUUAUGACCUGAAGGACACCUGCAGGCGCAUCAAGGAGGCCUAUAGAAAGAUCCUGAGCACUGGCUGCAUCCCGCUGACAAUGGGUGGGGAUCACACAAUUGCAUACCCAAUACUCCAAGCUGUUGCUGAGAAGUAUGGCCCGGUGGGUUUGGUGCACGUUGACGCUCACGCUGACACCAGCGAUGUAGUCCUGGGGGAGAAGAUCGGCCAUGGGACUCCUUUCAGACGUUGUGUGGAGGAGGGGCUUCUGAACUGUGAGAGGGUGGUUCAGAUUGGCCUGCGGGGUUCUGGGUACUCUGCAGAUUCGUAUGAAUGGAGUCGUGCACAGGGUUUCCGUGUGGUUCAGGUGGAAGAGUGUUGGUUCAAAUCCCUAGCCCCUCUUAUGUCGGAGGUCAGGGCUCAGAUGGGCAGCGGCCCGGUCUACCUCAGUUUUGACAUUGAUGCUCUAGACCCAGGGUUUGCACCAGGAACUGGAACACCAGAGAUUGCAGGACUCACACCCAUACAGGGCGUUGAGAUCAUCCGGGGCUGUCGUGGGCUGAACCUUGUAGGAUGUGAUCUUGUGGAAGUGUCGCCGCCGUAUGACACAACAGGAAACACAGCUCUGACUGGAGCCAACCUCCUCUUUGAAAUGUUGUGCGUGCUUCCAAAAAUGAAAUACUACUGAGAUUCUGACACAGCUGAUCGACAAGAAAUAAUCGUAUGCCUUUGAUUUGAGUCUAAGAUGAAUUCACUUGUUAGAAAAAUCAAAUUGAAUAUUUGCACUUUGGCAGUAGAAAUUAAAGACCCACUCCGCUCAUUUUAUUAUCAAAGCUAUCCCAGUGGUCCUUUUUACUAUGAAUAUGCUGUUUUUAGGCAAAAUCAACAAACCUGUGUUGCUACCUCUGUUGCUACCCAAUCGAGUUUGUCUUCGAAUGUUUGCAUCGUUUAGAUUUGUGCUGUCUGUCUGUAAUAACAUCAAUAGUUGAUUAUACAGUGGUGCUCCCAGUUAAUGAAGAAAAUAUCAAUUCUUGUUAUCACAGAGUUCUUGCUCAGACAAUCAAAGAGGAGGCAGAACUGUCGGGAAUUGUGACCGGGAACUUUGUUAUGUUAUAUUAUGUUUUAAUCAUUUAUGAAUGAAUUACGAGUUUUACCAUCUUAGAAUAACAAAUGUGAAAAAAUAUACAAAUUACGGGAGCUAAUCUAAUUCAAAUUACCUAAUUGUUGCAAUGUUGGCAACAAGAGGAAGUAUUGUAGGUGGGACCGAUCAGGUAGCAAUACUCCAGCUAGUUUACAAGAAGCUUGUGGCCCGCCCCCCCAUCAUAAUUUCCACAACACUAAUAUGCUCUUUUUCAAACUGCAUUAUUUUUGUCUGCUCCUGAUUCACAACAAUUUGAAUUAAGAAAUACAUUUUUAUGUUGAAAUACAGAAAUACAUUUCUGUCUUGAGGAUCACUGUGUCCUUAUUGUUUGAUAAGUUUGAUAAAAAUCUUUGGUCCCCAUGAUGUGUGACAUGAUUACAGAAGUUUAGGGCACUUAUGGACAUUUUAAGCCACUGUGACAGUUUGAGGCACUUACUGAGAUUUGGAACUAUAGAUUAGUUGUUGGAGGAAUUGGGGACAUAAGAUAAUUAUUUGAGUGGCUCCACUGUUGCCUUUUUUUUACAGAAAUAGUUUUUUGCCUCCCCUCUGGAAAGAAAUGUUGCAAAAUUGUAUGAAUUUAAAUAUAUAAAGCUUGCCAAAUACCAAAUAAACUAAAUAAUUGAAUAAAAUAAUAUGACUUGUG